CCUCCGUGCGGUGCAUCCGCUCGGCCGCGCAGCGGCAACAGUGGGUGCUGCGCGCGCGGCGCCCAUGAUGCCGAUUGGGGUGCCAAAGGUUGCGUACCGCGCACCCGGCGCGAUGACCGCCGACUGGGUCGACCUGUACAACCGGCUCUACCGCGAGCGGAUCCUCUUUCUGGGCCAGCAGAUCGACGACGAGCUGACCAACCAGCUCAUCGGUGUCAUGCUCUACCUCGACUCGGAGGACGCGAGCAAGCCCAUGUCAAUGUACAUCAACUCGCCGGGAGGCUCCGUCACGUCAGGCUUUGCAAUCUUCGACACGAUGCGGCACGUCAAGUGCGACAUCUCGACGAUCAAUAUCGGCCUCGCCGCCUCGAUGGGCUCGCUCCUGCUGGUGGGCGGCACCAAGGGCAAGCGGCUCGCGCUGCAGCACUCGCGCACCAUGAUCCACCAGCCAGGGACAGGCCACCGCGAGGGGCCGACCCACCCGCCCCUUGCGCAGGCGUCGGACAUCAAGGUGGAGGCGGAGCGCGUCCUCGCCAUCCGCGAGAAGGUGGUCGACUACUACGCCACCCUCACGGGCAACUCAAAGGACAAGGUGCGGCUCGACCUCGACCGCGACAACUUCUUCUCGGCGCAGGAGGCACUCGAGUACGGCAUGAUUGACCGGGUUAUCACGCCGCGCGAAGUGCAGCUUUGAGCGGGGUGAGAGGGACGACUCUGUUUGGCCUAUCUUGACUCACACACUUCAUUGUACAUCUCUCUUUGAAGAUUUUUUUACUGC